UCAAGAAUUUUGUUUUUGUUAUCUAUUAAUUUCUUCUAAGUAGUGAUAAUCCCCCUCAUUUUUACAUCUAUAUUCACUACGCAACUAUACACACAAUUCAAGAAGAUCCACCCUCUUGAAUAUUUUAUCACUGAAUGGUCUUUCAUAUCAGAGAUAAUGGGAAAACAUAAAAAUAAAAUAAAAGAUCAUUCUCCAAAGCAUAAGAGAAUGAAAACCAAAAGGAAACGUAGUAGCCAUACAAAAAAAUACAGUCGUGAAGGUAGAAGUUCAAGAAAGAGGAAGUCGGACGUCACUUCUAGUGAUGAUUCCACGUUCAGUGACGAUACGUCUUCCGUUGAAAGCACUCAAGAUAAAUCAAGAGAUCACUCGCGCAAAAGGAGGCGUGGAAAAGAUGACGAAAACAGCUCCAGCUUUGUACAAAAAAAAGGCAGUGAAAGUCGCUCAGAAGACUCAAGCAGUGAUGAUAAGAGGGAAAAUAAUACAGGUGCAGGAAGCAGGCGUAAAAGUAAAAAGAGUAAAGAGUUGUCACCAUUCACUAAAAGUUAUGAAGGCUGGAGAAAUAUUCCUGGGAGUGAAGAUUUCAAGGGCCAUCUACAAAGGACAUUGGUUGAGCCUCAAAGUAGUACCACUGACGAUAGAAGAAAAGAUUUUAGACGAGAUGAUUGUGGAAAACAAAUCUAUGUAAACAAAAGUAGGAAGCAUCAUGACUCCUCCCAUGAAUUGAGUGAGGGUGCCAAAAGUAGUGCAAGUAGAGAGAAUUCUCCAGAAAGUUCAAAUGAGAGGUCGCAAAAUGAAGACAAAGACUUUAGUUUCACAGUGUAUCAGUAUGAACUUAAUAAAAUAUUUUGUAGGGAUGCUUCGCUUAUCCCCGACAAAGAGGAUUUUUGGCUCUUCGUGAAAAAAUAUGAGGCUAUGAAGAGGACUAAAAGCCAAAAAUGUAACCUAGAAGAAUUGGAAAAGAAAAUUGCAACCUUUGAAAUUCCUUCAAAAUUACCACGCACUGCUGAACGUAUUUUAAAAGCAACUGAUGAGGAACUGAUGGGCUACUUACCACCAUUUGAUGAGUAUGAUCGAAGGCAACGACUGACAAAAUUACUUUUCCGAGAAUUUAGACUCAUCAUCCGCAUUUAUCUUGACUUCAGGGAAAAAGAAAGGAUUUCCAAAGAGAAGAAAAUUCAAGAAAGCAGAGCUAGUUUACCUGUAGCUCAAUAUCGCGAUGAAAUAAUCAAAGCUGUCCAGUCUGAGAGGGUAGUCAUAAUAGCUGGAGACACAGGUUGUGGAAAAUCAACCCAAAUCCCCCAGUAUCUCAUGGAAGCUGGCUAUAACAGGAUCGCUUGCACACAGCCACGGCGUAUUGCGUGUAUUUCUCUAUCAAAAAGGGUAGCAUAUGAAACGUUAAGUGAAGCAGAGAAUCUUAUUGGGUAUCAGAUUCGAUUUGAGAAACAAAAACGACAGGAUACUAAAAUUGUCUUCAUCACGGAAGGCUUAUUUUUACGUCAGGUUGCAAGUGAAGGAUGGGGUCAAUAUGAUGUUGUUGUCCUUGAUGAGGUCCAUGAGCGGCACCUAACUUCGGACUUUCUUCUUGGGGUAGUCAAGUGUUUAUUGCACCAAAGGGAUGAUGUAAAAAUCAUCCUAAUGUCUGCAACCAUCAAUAUUAAGCUCAUCUGCACUUAUUUUGGUGAUUUGGCCAAAGUCAUUCAGGUUCCAGGUCGUCUCCAUCCGAUUAAACUUGAAUACCACCCAAUACCUGCCUCAGAACGGUCUGAACGGUUCGAUCCGGCACCUUUCCUACGAAUAAUGCAGUUGAUUGACAAGAAAUAUUCUAGGGACGAACGUGGGGACUUAUUAAUUUUUGUCAGCGGAAUGGCUGAAAUUACUGCUGUAAUCGAUGUUGCCAAAAGUUAUAAUGAAAGAGAUGGAACAUGGAUUGUCCUCUCUCUUCACAGCUCUCUUUCUAUAGCUGAUCAGGAUAAGGUUUUUGACUAUCCGCCAGAAGGCAUGAGGAAAUGUAUUGUUUCAACAAACAUUGCAGAAACAUCAAUUACCAUUGAUGGUGUUCGAUUCGUUGCCGAUUCUGGAAAAGUGAAAGAAAUGAUGUACGACUCGGUGGCGAAAAUGCAAAAACUGAAGGAGGUGUGGGUGAGCCGAGCCAGUGCAGAGCAACGGAAAGGAAGAGCAGGCAGAACUGGACCUGGUGUAUGUUUCCGGUUGUACUCAGAAGAGGAAUACACAGAUAUGGCUCCAUACUCAACUCCUGAAAUACAGAGGGUACCCUUGGAUUCUGUCAUUCUCCAGAUUGUAGCAAUGGGACUUCCUGACGCUCGGAAAUUCCCUUUUAUUGAGCCUCCUCCAGCGCAGUGUAUCGAAGUCUCAAUCACAUCUUUAAAGCAGCAUGGUGCACUCUCAUUCGAUGAAAGUCUAACUUCAAUCGGUGAGAUGUUGUCUCGUUUACCUGUUGAUAUUCCCCUUGGUAAAAUGUUAAUCAAUGGAUCGUUAUUUCAUCAACUGGAGCCUGUUUUGUCGCUUGCUGCCGCAUUAUCAGUUCAAAACCCGUUCACAAACCGAGCUUACCGUGAUCCAGAAUGUGAGAACUCCCGGAAACUCCUAGAAUCCGAUCAUGGUGAUCCAAUAACUCUUCUGAAUGCAUAUAGAGAAUGGUUGGAAGUGAAAAGUGGCAAGGUGAGGGGCGUUUCUUCACGUCACUGGUGUCGGAGAAGGGGACUGGAAGAACAGCGCUUCUACGAAAUGACAAAACUGAGAAAACAGUUUAAACAAUUGCUACAGGAUUGCAAUUUACUCCCAUCAGAAAAAACGAAUGCUGAAAAAAUGAGCAGUGCCGAAAGAGCCUUGCGUCAUGGUGAAUUGAAACUCCUCCGCUCUGCCAAGCGACAACAUCAGAACGAGGCACCUAGGAAACGAAAAAUUCUGAAGCCAGAUUCUUGGGAACUAAUGUAUGAAGGAGAGGAAGAAAAGGAUGACACUGUUGAUAUUGGAGAUAUUGAUUUUAGGUUGGCUAAUGACAGUUUGACAGUCCAGAAUUUACUCAGUGGAUCAACAACUUGCAGUUACAAGGACUUGACAAUGUUGAAACUCAUCUUAUGCAGUGGUCUGUACCCUCAGUUUGCAAUAGCUGAUGAAUUUAAUCAUGUUAAAACUGUGAGUGAGCAACUUUUUCACACUCCAACCAAACCAUUUGUAUCAUUGCAUCCAAUGGGAUACUUUGCCAAUCAUUCUGAUGUUCUUAAGCUAAGUGAAGCAGAAAUAGAGGAUAUUAACGCUGAAGGUUUCAGCGCAAAAUACCCUGUUAGCACUAGACACCAGUUGCUUUGUUUCAUGUCUUUGUUGGAAACUACAAAACCGUUUUUAGUGAAUACCCUGCGAAUUCCGGCGGCUCAUUCACUUCUUCUUUUUUCACUUGAGCUGCACACAAGCAACAAUUUUUCCAAGAUUGUGUGUGAUUCAUGGAUUCAGCUUAAAUUUCCUCUUCCUGAAGCAGCUGAAAUAUUUGUAUUGAAGGCCAUAAAGUUGCGCCUCAGGUGGGAGGAGCUACUAAAGCUUAGAUUAGAAAAGCGUAAUUGUGCAGCUAUAGAGCAGACAAUGUGUCAGGAUCUAGUCAAGUUCAUGACCAUUGACAUUGGUUAUUCGAUUCAACGCAUUUUACCUGCAACCUUGAAAACCAUAUACGUGAAAUCCAGUCACAGCGCCAUCAGUGGCAUUAAUCCAAUUAAUCCCGACUUUGAAAUUACAGAAAAUGUAAAAUAUGGAGGCUAUGAUCUGUGUUCAUUUCUAGUAUACGACUGUUUAGAAAAUGAUGUUAUGAUGGAGUGGGAUUCCUGGACGUGUGGCUCAUGUGGAUUAACAGCUGCUCUAUCAUCUUUUGAAAAGCUUCAACACAAAGUAACUUGCGCUCCAGAGAGUCAGCUUGAUGAGGCAGAAAGCAGUACGUCUGUUGUUCGAAAAGCAAAUGCCAAACAAUACAAAUGUGUUAUAUGCAACCAAGAACUGUAUCUCACGCCUGUAGAAAUUUUGAAGCAUCAGAAAAGCCAUUCUCAGUAAGACCUAUACAUUGUGAUUUCAAUCUCCUCCUAAAAUUGUUAAGCUAUAUCCUACAAUUUUAAGUACACAGUGGAAUUGUAAAUAUGUAUGUAUUAAAAACGUUUCAUAAUGACCACUAUAUAAUAUUACAUGUACAUUACCUUUUUUCCAA